AGGGCCGAUAGCGCCGUCGCCACACUGAGAAACAAAAGAUGUUUGUCAUAAGUUCUCUCGAAGAAGAAAAGUGCAAAGAGUCCCAGCUGGACAUAUUGCUAAAAAUUAACACAGGCGAAUACGUUUUGCAGAAAAAGAAAAAGCGUAGCUCAGUUUGGAACGUAUAUCGGGAGAUUCUCCGUUCCGACGGAUCAAGGCUGAAAUGGCGCUAUUAUUGUGUGGGUUGCAAGCGGGUAAUGCAGUCCACCGGAGGAACCACAUCUAAUCUACGUAUCCACAAAUGUCAUGUCCGCUACCUGAAGCAAAACGGAAAUAUUUCUGCCGACGAUGCGCCAAGUCCUGUCACCGACUCGGAGAGCCCCGCAAAUCGUACCGACAACGAAAGGGUACCGAGCACGGUGGAAUCCACAAGAGCAAACCGUCAUCGGACAUACGCCGACCAAUACGAGGCGUUCUAUGAUAAUAAGAUGACCCCCAAAAGACAGUAUGAGAUGGACGACGAAAUAAACCAUCUUGACGAGCCAGAUCCCGUCGAAGAAUUUGCGAACCAGCGACCGAAGGUAGAUCUGGGAAUGAGCUCCACCGAUACGCGUCCGCUGCUCAAACUAUUUUCUGAGGAAUCCUGUUCGGGCGAAACGGAGCAACAGAGCCCCAUUGUUCUGGAAAGCCCAGUCAUUCUAGAAGAGUUUCAACGAGGGACGCUCGAGCCAAACGCAACGAAAUGCAUCCAGAUCGACCCCAGUGCCCUAUCCGAGGCCGAAAGCUACGCACGUUCCUGGGCUCAUGCAUUCCUCAAGCUAAGCGAGGACCAAAAGUUCUAUGCCAAGCGCUCCAUAGAUGAGCUGCUCGUGCUGGGUCGCCUGGAGAAAUUGAAUAUAUCCACCGUCACCUCGCUGACGACAAACUUGUAAAAUUCAAAACUUUAGAGCCAGUUUCUGCCUAAACUAGUACAGUACACCAUAAUCGUAGCUUUCCAUACACUUGAAGAUUGUUCGUUCCUGUGACAGACAUAGACACAAUAGUCAUUCGAUUUAAAAUCCUAGCUGGGUAUUGUUAAGGGGAUGGAUGGGAGGGGAUAUUGUUCGUAUCAAAGAUAAUAAAUCUUAAGAUAGGCAGACCAAAAGAAUGUUUAUACAAAGGUAACAAAUGUGUUAGUCUCAUAAAUAAACUCAACUUAAAAAUGUG